AUGACCAAGACAAUGAUCCAGAAGGCAAUCGGCGACUUCGUUCACUCAGCCAGUCUCGCUGUCGAAUCUGGUUUUUAUGUAAUAGAGAUUCAUGGCGCACAUGGUUAUCUCAUCCACCAAUUUUGCUCGCCUCUCACUAAUAAGCGCACCGAUGAGUAUGGCGGUUGCUUUGAGAACCGCGUGCGAUUUGUCCUAGAACUGGUGCAAAGAAUCAGGCUUUUUAUUCCAGAGAAAACACUGCUUUUCUACAGAAUCAGUGCCACAGAUUGGAUCUCGGACACGGAGUCCUGGACCAUCGAAGAAUCAGUGCAGUUGUGCCGGCUGCUAGAAGAUCUCGGGGUCGAUUUAAUUGAUGUUAGCUCCGGUGGCUUAGCUCCAGAGCAGAAUCUGCCUCCGCUUCAGCCGGCGUAUCAGGCGUACUUGUCUAAAACUAUCAAGGACGAGGUUCUAGGAUUGCUCACUGCAAGCGUGGGUAUGAUCCACGACGGAAAAACGGCAGAAGAUGUUCUCGCCUCCGGACAUGCGGAUGCCGUCUUCAUCGCUCGGGAAUUUGCGCGCAAUCCGAGUCUAGUUCUAAAGAUUGCUCAUGGUCUGGGAGUUAAAGUAAAAUGGCCAAUAAAAUUGCAUAGGAGCCAGCCUUAUCAUAAGGAUAUAGAUAUGUGA